ACAACCAUCUUCCGAUCCCAUUAGACAGUUAAUCAUAAACUCACUCUUCCCUGAGGUGACUGAAGAUCCUUCGCAAGCGAACUCCCUUGCGAGCGAAUCGUUGAUCAUUCACUUGAAAGUAUCAGAAGAUUCUACAGGAACAGGACCAUCUCCCACAAACGAACGGCCAGUACGGAGAAAUGGCAAAAUACGCCUUCACAAAUCAAAAAGAAAUGCAAAUAAUACAUUCUCAAUCGGUAGAACAUGGCCGCUGGAAGAUAUUAAGUGUUUAGAGAUUGUUGAU